CGGCGGCGGGUCCUCUCGCGAGAGGACGGCGACCGGGCCCGCGAGCGGCGGCGUUGCCGUGGCGACAGCGCGCGACGCGGGCCUCUGUGAGGCGGUCGGGCUGCGCCGGCCCGCCCAUGGGCCUCAGCGGGAGCAGACACAAGCCCGGGGAAGGUGAGGAGCAAAAGACGGGGUGCACCCGUUCGGUUCCAAAGCCUAAGGGGAGGUCGAUGGACAGGCACCCCCAAGAGUCUGAGAGGCCUCCAGACGCUGAGCCUGCAGACGGCUCCUCUCCUCAGCAAGGGGCAGCCGAGCAGCGGCGGCUUUCCUGCGAAGGGCAAGAGAAACCUGAUGCAAAGGUAAAGUCGAGCAAGAAGAAAGUUGCCGUUCCACAGAUUGUCAUCACCAGAGCCUCAGACGAGACUCUUAGCAGCCACAGUUCCAUCAGAAGCGAGGAGCAGAGAAACAUUGAGGAGCGGGCUGAAUGGGGCCCCUACUCCCGACACAGGAACCCCAGUACAGUAGAUGCCUAUUAUUUACAGACCAAAGAAUAAACGACCACUCCGAGUAGCUGUCUUGGUUCACUGUGCUCUGAGCCUCAGUCAUGAGGGCAAACGGGCGCCCUGCACUGUGGGAAGCUGCAGGUACCCCAUCAGGAAACAAGGUCCCCCCAGUGACCAAGUUGGUCUCACCACACCCCAGAGCUGCUGGCAGCUUGGCCGAGAGCAAGAGUGACUCUUAGCUGAAUUUGAAUGAAUAAAUUAGGAUCCCCCUGUUGGAACUAGCUGGCUGAGCGGACGGCAGGCGGCAUCUCGCCGACUCUCAGGGAUUCGCCUCCGGAGCAGCGUGCGGUGAGUCCUGGGCGGCUGUAGUGAAUGAGAUGUCCCCCACUCUUGGAACAAAGGUGGGACUCUGAGGACUACAGUUUCAGGUGUCACGUUCCAGAACAGGGAAGUGCACAGUCACCGCCGAGGGCCCAAAGGCUCCUGGCCUGACCAUAACCUGAAACGGUAUCAGAGUCCAAAAGGAGAAUGGGAGGACAGCCAUGGCACUUCCAACUCUGGAAGUGGCCUUGUCAGCGCUGUCGCAGGAAGAGGGGCGUUUAGCUGACAACUUCCCAUGUUUCUUGCUGUGAAUAAGCAUUCCCUAUGGUGAAGGGCCAUCCAAGGGACCCCCCUCAACUGUCCCACCCUCACCAGCAUGCUCAGGUCAGGCUGGAAAGAGUGCCCUGCCCUUGCUGGUCCCACACGUUUAGUCCGGUGACAGUAUGUUAGCUCCCUUAGUUCCAGGAUGCUCAGCUGGCUUUACACACGGUCUCUAUGUCACUAUCAGUGAGAAUUAUAUUCUUUUAGUAUUAAACAGUAUAAUUAGUUUCGGUAUAACCCAGAAAGAAGAAUAAAUCUCGUACUGACAUUGUAUACUAACAUAUUAUUAGCAUCAUUAUAUUUAUUCAAUACAUUUAUUGAUGCAUUCUGACAGCCACAACCAAAUGUUUAUACAGAAAAAUCAAGCCCAGGACUGGCUGAGUGGCGCGUUGGUUAAGAGUUGGCUUGGGACGCCAGCUCUGAGCAAGGCCCAGGU